CGAAAACCAUAACCGAUAAACGAAUGGCGCGCCGCGGCGUCGAAGCUCUAAACAGACGUUCAUUACUUCGAUAAGGCUUAACGCUCCCCAUCGGUCCCGCUUUAAUUCCUGCACAUCCCCUGCAUGCAGCAGGAACAGCGUACGUCUGCUUCAGACCAGUUAGUCAUCGGACUUUGUCGGUUUUCAUUCUAGUUUCUUGUGUACGCGUUGAAUUCUUUUCGAGGAACGUGAAUUUCGUAUCUGUAUGGAGCCGGUUUCGUGAACUUUUGUUUGUUCUUUGAAUACAAAACAAUGCUGCGGUAAAUAACUACCUACAUCUAAUCUAGGAUGAUCACCUGAAAAUGAAUUCCAGCCAUUCUGGUGUGGAUGGCGGCUACAACUGCCGCGUAAAACUGAAUCAAAGUUUGGCGAUAGUGGUAAGAAAAGAAGGAUGUCGAGGAGAUCCUGGAGACUUUUGGAUGUACGAAAAUGGAUAUUUAUUGUUUCAGGGACUUCUCUCCGCUAACUCUGUUUGUUGGUGGAAUAACGCUUUAAAUGGAGCCACCAAAAGUUUGGUAUACCAUGGGUAUGUUAACCCAGGAGCCAUUCUGGUCAGCUCAGAACCAUGUGCCCUAGAGAUUCUUAGAAACGCUUGGUCCAGAAGAGUGCUUCAACCACCCACUGGAUACCAAAUCGUAGCCAUAGAGGACAUUGAUGAAUGCUUAGCAUCGCCAGUAUCUCAAACUCAAUGGACUCCUUUACCGGAAGCCGUGUGUGCAGUAGUUUUAAGAUUGUCGAGUCAAGGCAGACCAGCUGGUAUAGAAACUAUACGAGAGGGUCUUAUUCUAACAUUUCCACAUGUGUCGCCACCUAGCGAACAUGCACUAUACGAUACAUUGGUUCAAUUGACGAAAGAAAGGAAACUAUAUAACACUUCUAAUGGAUACUACAUAGUUACGCCAGAACGUAGGAGGUCGAGAAGUCAAUCACAUGGUAGAAAAAGAGAUGAACAUCCAGUUGACCCUCCUACUAAUAAAAGUAUGCUUAUGUCAGCUGAGGAAGCAAUGGUUAAGGUACAUGGAGAUAUGACCACCAUACGUGAUGGCAACAUUACGCAUCAAUGUAUUCAGACUAAUUUAGCAGAUGUAAUAUGUGGUGGUAAUGCCAGCGACAAAAUUCUAUAUCCAAAAAACAAAAGAAGAUCAUCUUCAUUCCCUUCACCAAGAAGUCCUGAUAGGAGGUCCUUUAGGCUUUGGAGUUCCAAUAGACGUCUAAGACGGUCAGCGUCUACAAGAACUAUAGCUAAACAUCAUUACGGCGAUACCAGUAGCAGUACAGAAUAUCCUAAUAGUAGUGAUUCUACACCAGUACCAAAAAAAGAAUCACUUUUAUCAAGGUUAUUUCGAAGAUCCAAGCGUUCACAAUGUCAAAUAGGUACAUUCAGUGCCCAGUUCCCACCCAGUGAAUGGUUUAAUUCAAAAGCUAUACAUUUACACAAUGUUGGUACACAAACUUGUCCCACUGAAAAGGAAAUUGGUAUAUCAAUCUCAUCCUACCUGGAAAACUACGACAUAGGCACAUCAAGAUCCGCCACACUUCCAAGACAUAGAAGACAAUUAUCUAGCGAUUUAACUUUUCUAACAUCAACUGGCAACUCACGAGAAAACUCACCGAUAUCAAGAUUUAACACAAGCACGUUGCCAAGAAACAAAUACAGAAGCAGAGACAGCUCUCGCAAAACCAGUAGAUCUAGCCUAAGUAAGACAACCACUGAAAAAACAGAGGAUAGUGGAAUUAAGUCUUUGGAUGUUACCGAAAUUUCCAAUAGUAAUACUAGUUCUCCUAAACUAAAUGGAAGGAUCGAUUCAACAACCUUGACCAAUGGGGAGUCGAAGACUAGUCAUAGAUUCAACUCAACAACAUACAGUUGCGAUGAAACUACAGAUAAUUCCGCAGAUUCGCCUGUUAAAAACUUGUCUAGUAUCGACAAUAGUGGGCCCUCAAGCAUAGAGUCACAUAAAAGUAACAAAACUGGUAGUUCGGUAACAAGCGGACCAAGUAGUAUUGAGUCGCAUAAAACAGUUAUUAAUAGAAAUGUUAGUACUGCUUCUCCAAAAACCAGCGUGGAGUCUAGGAGUCUGAAAAAGUUACAUCACAGAAGAGAGACCCGCGAAAAGUCUAAGAUAAUACAAAAGCAAAUUAUUGCUCCAGUUUCCACACUUAUACCUCAUAGUAACUCCUUUACAUUGCAAGUAACUACCAAUCAAGGUAAUUCCAAUUCAAGCAAUAAAAAUAAUGCUACAACUACUGCUACAAUUAAUGGUGGUGCCACUGGAAAUACAAAGAUUUUUGUGCAGAAUUCUCCAAUAAGAUCCGUUAUAACUUUUGAAAAUGGCCAAUCAACCGAAAACAAUCCAAACUUAGUUAUUAUUAACGGAGCUGAUACUAAGACUUCAGAAGUAAAAUUGGAUACGCCUCCUGAAAUAUGUGAUCCAAAAUCAGCGAAAAACACAAAUCAAUCAAAAGAACCUAUUGGUUUAAAUAAUUCGACAUCAAGUUUUGAUAAUUCUAUUAACAAUGAGCAAAAAAAUGAGGCUAUGAAUAAUAGCAGAAAACUUUCGCUACAAUUGCCGUCCAGGGAUGGAUUAAGUUACCAUAAUUUAAUAAAAAAUGUUUCUUCAGUCAAUCACAAUCAGUAUAAUUCAAACUCUAAUCCUGACUCUCCAAUUGCCAAUACAUACAGAGAUUUUUCAAAAAACGGAACAUAUAACAGCAAUCCACCCAGUCCAACGAAAAGUUAUGAAGGAAUACCCAUGGCCAUUAAUGGAAAAUACUCCAAAAAUGAGGUUCGGAGCCCAACAUCUGCUAUAAAGAAAGAACUCUUACCAGAGAAAACAGUAAUCAGCAAUUCCCAAGUCUAAGCGACCUUAGUUUUAAUUUUACAAGUCUGGCAGCACAGAAAAUACUAAAAGGGGUCAGCAUAAACAGCGUGGACACAUUGGUUGAGCUCAACAUGGCGGCCAAUGGCGAAAAACAAAACAACUGUGAUGUAGUCCACACUGAUUUUGGUUUAUUUUAAAUGAUCAAGUAAUCUUGUGUUUACUUUUGUAGUAAAAGUUUACAUCAAGGUUUUGAUUCCAAUAUUAUUGUGUUUUACUAACAUAUACAACUUUUUGGGGUCUAACUUCCUCAAGUUUAUUAAUUAAAUGUAGCGAGCAGAUUGUAUAUGUAUUUUGUAAUUUUGUAUAUUUAUUUUAUAUAAUUAAUAUCUACAUUUAUAACCC